CUUAAAACUAAGAAAGCGGUUAAAAAAAAAAAAAAAGUUCUUCUUAAAAAAAAAUGUACGUACAAAACGCGAGGAAAGCAAACCCUAAUUCCCAAAUCAAUCGAAGAAGAUGAUGCGCGGAUCCAUCCUUGCCGGGAGAUUGGGGUAUCUCCGAUCUCGCAGCUGCUCUCUCUCUCACACACACGAUUGUUUUGCACCUGUGUCUAGAUGCGACUACCAAGGAGCAAGCUGCGGGUUCAAACAUGCGGACAGUUGUCGUCAGAGGGAUAAUUGCAUGCUCUGGAUACAAUCUUGGGUCCUACUUGUACUCACCAGCCGAUCCAGAAACUCAACCACGAAGACCUCGAAGCGACCCUCCCAAAAAAGUUACAGAGCAUUACGCUCACCUGGUUCAGUCAGCUCGGGAGGCAAAACGAUUACAUGAAGAAAACGUUGAUGAGAUUAGCAAGGCUUUGUCAAGUCUGGUGGAAUCCCAUGCUAGUCUAGAGGAGCAACUGUUGAGAACCAAGUCCAAGGUCUCAAAGUAGACCUAAUCUAUUAAGUGUGUGUGUGUUUGUGUUUGUGUUAUGUUUUGUUGAACUACCCCCUUUUGUAAACUUAUGUCUGUCUGAUUUGGAGGUUUACUCUGUUUCCUAUCUUAAUUCCUUCCCCAUAUUUGAAUCCUCCGA